AAGAAGAAAAUACUGACGUCUGAGAAGAGGACGACAAUGAAUGUGCAAAUCAGAGAGAUACAGGAGGUCUUUCAUACCAACUGCUAUAAGCUGCACAGAUGAAUUGUUUCAUGACAAGCUGCUGCCCUGCAGUCAAUAUAAUACACUCACAUCCACAGUACAUUACUGGAAAUCACUCAGGUUGUGUAACAUUAUGCACCAUAUUGAACUUGAUAACACAACUUAAGUGUAAUAAAAUGUUGAUAUUGUUUGUUGAGAGUCAUUUCAGCUACUAAAACUAAACAGAUGAACACAAAAAAAUGUGAUUUUACGUAACUCCAGCAUGUCAGUAAAACAAACUAGAGCUGUAGUGGUUCUCAUUACUUUUUGUCAAUAAUAAUAGGUAUUGUAUAAAAAACAACUGACAACACAUAUUUAUGGUUUAAGGAGAGAGAGAUCCCCUUCAAACGGCAUGUUAAAUCUAUGGCCAAUUCAUUAUUUGCCGCUAAAUAAGCUGGAUAGAGUUUAUUUAUUUUAUGCAGGCUUUACUUAUUUAUAUAAUUAUUUAAUUUUUCACUUGCAACUCUACCUGUUGAAGUAUGGGCUGUCCUGUAUGUCAUACAAGGGGACUGACAUGGUUUUAGAUUUUUAAUAUUUAUUCUGCAAAUCUUUUAACCUAGAAAGAACUUUGUGCUUAAGUUGAAAAGUGCUAUAUAAAUAAAAUUAUUACUAUUAUUCUCUAUGUUCCCUAUGUUACAAAGCAUUUUUAUUUGCAAGAAAUCAACAUACUUUAAGCUUAUAAAAACACAUAAUGAUGCAAUACAUGGAUUGGGGAAAUGUGUGUUCUUAAAUGCCGUCGUCACUGAAUCAAAAUAACUCUUUUUUUAAAAAAAAUAUUUUAUGUGUAUAAUAAAGUUGAUGUGAUCAGCAGUCUGCAGGCAGGUGUUGCCACAUUUUCAUAUUUAGUCAGAACUGAGUGUCUUGUGCAAAUGUAAAAAUGUAAAUUUGGUUUGCAUUUAUUUGUUUGUUGGCCACUUCAAAUGUAAGUCACAGGGUUCCAGAUUUGGGAAACAAAGUCUAGACACCACAAAGCAUUUUAGAUGAUCUUAAAUACAUACUCAAAUACAAAUACUAAACUAAAACAUUAGUUUAUUGAGAUCAUGGAGUGGAGCUGGAAAUUCCUGUUUAUUUGGGGGUCUGUUCUUCUCAGUUUGAGAAUUACUCAGCAGGCAGCUAACGUGGCUCUGGGUGGAGAGGCGACACAGUCUUCAAUGUUCGACGUCACAUUACCACCAAGCUUGGUGAUUGAUGGCAAACCUAAUUCAAACUAUUUGGAUUUGAGCUGCACUUCCACUGACUACCAGGACGACCCCUGGUGGAGGGUGGACCUGGGGGGUCCAUAUCAGAUCUCACUUGUCGAGGUUAUACGACGAUCAGAUUCUUCUCCUGACCUUGACGGGGCUGAAAUCCACAUUGGUUCCUCACUGGAGAACAACGGCAACAACAAUCCCAGAUGUGAAACUAUCACAGUGACCCAAGAAGAUGUGAUGACCUUCCACUGCAGGCAGAUGAGCGGACGCUACGUCAACAUUUUUCGCCCUGGAGUAAAUACAAGACUUCAGCUCUGUGAGGUCAAAGUGUACGGUGUUUCCAAAGCUAUAACAGCUAACGUGGCUCUGGGUGGAGAGGCGACACAGUCUUCAAUGUUCGACUUCACAUUACCACCAAGCUUGGUGAUUGAUGGCAAACCUAAUUCAAACUAUUUGGAUUUGAGCUGCACUUCCACUGACUACCAGGACGACCCCUGGUGGAGGGUGGACCUGGGGGGUCCAUAUCAGAUCUCACUUGUCGAGGUUAUACGACGAUCAGAUUCUUCUCCUGACCUUGACGGGGCUGAAAUCCGCAUUGGUUCCUCACUGAAGAACAACGGCAACAACAAUCCCAGAUGUGAAACUAUCACAGUGACCCAAGAAGAUGUGAUGACCUUCCACUGCAGGCAGAUGAGCGGACGCUACGUCAACAUUUUUCGCCCUGGAGUAAAUACAAGACUUCAGCUCUGUGAGGUCAAAGUGUACGGUGUUUCCAAAUCUGCAGGAGCUAACGUGGCUCUGGGUGGAGAGGCGACACAGUCUUCAAUGUUCGACUUCACAUUACCACCAAGCUUGGUGAUUGAUGGCAAACCUGAUGCACACUAUGACGAUUUUAUCUGCACUUCCACUGACUACCAGGACGACCCCUGGUGGAGGGUGGACCUGGGGGCUCCAUAUCAGAUCUCACUUGUCCAUGUUAUGCGCAGAAAAGAUUGCUGUGCUUCUGAGCUAAAAGGGGCUGAAAUCCGCAUCGGUUACUCACUGAAUAAUAACGGCAACAACAAUCCCAGAUGUGCAGUCAUCAAAGUGACCAGUGAAGUCGUGAUGGCCUUCCACUGCAGCAAGUUUAGCGGACGCUACGUCAACAUUUACCUGCCUAAAGUAAAUAGGAGACUUCAGCUCUGUGAGGUCAAAGUGUACGGUGCUUCCAAAGCUACAGGAGCUAACGUGGCUCUGGGUGGAGAGGCGACACAGUCUUCAGUGUUCGAUGUCAAAUUUCCACCAAGCUUGGUGAUUGAUGGCAAACCUGAUGCGCACUAUUCGGAUGGGAACUGCUCUGCCACUCAAUCAGAGGACAACCCCUGGUGGAGGGUGGACCUGGGGGGUCCGUAUCAGAUCUCAGUUGUCGAAGUUGUGGCAAUAAAUUGCUGCGACGGGGCUGAAAUCCGCAUUGGUUCCUCACUGGAGAACAACGGCAACAACAAUCCCAGAUGUGCAGUCAUGACAGUGACCAGUGAAGCUGUGAUGGCGUUCCGCUGCAGCCAGAUGAUGGGACGAUACGUCACCAUUGUCCUCCCUGCAGAAGAUGCCCAAUUAAGGCUCUGUGAGGUCAGAGUGUACCCUGCUGUCAAAGCUAAAGCAGACUUGAAGAAGAUAACUGUGGUGAGGUUCAGGACUAACUUUGACAUGAGUGACCCAAACGUCCAACAACAAAUCGUGAGCCAGAUGAAGGCACAGAUGGAAAAAAAGGGCAUCAGUGAUUUCAAGAUCCACCUGGGGAAGAGUUUCAAACAAGGAAAAGACAGCAAAACAACAGAGUGUGAGCCAAGAGAGGAAGAAGAAAUAUUGGGUUGAACAACAUGAACAUACGUGUGUGUUGGAGGGAAUAAACAGGAAACGUAGAGUAAGAUUGUAAACAACUGUAUGGUUUUGAACCUGUCAUUCUCAAUCAACUAUUACAACUAUUCCAAAAAAGUUGGGACGCUGUGUUAAAUGUAAAUAAAAACAACAGAAUGCAAUGCUUAACAAAUCUCACAAACCCAUAUUUUAUUCCCAACAGAAAAACAGGACUGGACAACUUUUCUGAUGUGUGGGUCAAAAGUAAGGCUUUAUGGCGGAUAGUGGACCGAGAUGAUUUUGGAAUUGAUUAAUUGUGUUUGGAGGACUGAACAGUAUGAUUAAAUAUAUAAUAUACUCUAAAACUCUCAACGUUCCUGUCAGCACUGAUGGUGCCUUUCCAGAUGUGUCAGCUGCCCACGCUGUAGGCACUAAUGCAACCCCAUACCAACAACUUUAUGUUGAGCAACAUUUUUCAUAUUUUUAGACGCAGUUUGUUGCAGACUGGUGAACCUCUGCCAUCUUUUCACCUGAGAGGCUCCUUUAUACCCAGUCAUGUUACUGACCUGAUGCCAGUUAACCUAAUUAGUUGUCAGAUGCUCCUCCAGUUGGUUCUGAUUUGUGCCAAUUACUUUUCCAGCCUUUUGUUGACCCUGUCCAGUGGCGGUUCUAGACCAGUUUUACUGUGGGGGCCAAGGAGGGGCCCGUGUUUAAUCAGAGGGGCAUAUUUAAAAACUGCAAAGAUGAUAUUUAAGCAUUCAAAACCUUUAUUUUACCUACUGAUUCAAAAAUCUCAUUAAGUAUAUUUGGAAGAUACAAAUACAUUGAUUGAAACAAUGAGACUUACCAACAAGAACAGUUUUUUUUGUACGACAAUAUUUCUCAUCUUUGUGCACAAUUACUUUAUUUUUAUUUUGAAAGUGUGGUACAGUCAGAAUGAUCUUUUUACAAGCUUUUAUUGCUUUUAUUUAACUACACAAUGUACACAUUUUGGGUUCCUUUUGUGUACAAUGCGAUAUUGUUUGAAGAAAAAAUAAGCAAGAAUUGUUCUGUCAUUCAUCGUUAUAAAUUGAUCAUUUCAUUAUUAAUUUGACACAGGGGCCACAGCAGGGGCCGAGGGCUUCUUUAUAGGGGCAGUGGCCCCUGUAGGCCCCUGUUGCUGCCAUCAAAUUCAAAGUGAGCUCAUAUUUUCCAUAUAAUGGUAAAAUGUCUCAGUUUCAACAUCAGAUAUGUUGUUUAUAAUUAAAAUAUUGGUUUAUUAGGUUUGCAGAUCAUUGCGUUGUGUUUUUAUAUUUACAUGUAAUACAGCAUCCCAACUUUAUUGGAAUUGGGGUUGUAUAACCAAACUGGAUGCAAAGUUUGUAUUUAAGUUGCUUUUGCUGUGUGCCAACGUUUUAAGCCGUUUUAGCCAAAGAUAAUCUUAUACAGUUCAUCAUAAAAGGGAUGAGGCUUGCAUUUAGUUUUGCAUUCAAAGAUAUUUUUGGAUUUUCAUGGCAGAUAUUGUAGGGUCACAGGAUUUCUUUCACUUUUACAUCUGUAUAGUAAAGAUCAAGGUGUAGUUAGCUUAGCUUAGCUUAGCUUAGCUUAAUACCUCGAAACAGGAGGAAACAGUUUGCUUGGCCAUGUCAAAAUGUCACAAAAGCAUUGAUUUGACUGUUUAUUCAAGACAAACCUUAAUAGUUUAGUUAGUCACCUUGUGCACUAUGGUUUUUUGUUGUAUCUUAUACACUGAAAAAAUAGAUUUUUUGGCCCUGUAAUUAUUAUUUCAAUCAUCUAUAUACAUUCUACAAAGAAAUACGAAUUCAGUUCUUUUACUUUGAAAUAGCAGUUUUUUAUGUUGUGCAUUACUUAGUGAUUGUUUGAUAUUAUGUGUCCUCAGUUUUGUAUGUAAGUUGAAUCAUUCAUUCCAAGUAAUAUUCACUAAACCAGUUAAUUGGCUAAAUUAGUUGAUAUUCCCAAGUAAAAUGUAAUUGAGGGACAUCAGUGAAUCUGCAAUUUACUUGUGCAUUUUCAUAAAAAAAUAAGUGGUUCUAUUAAAUAAAUAUUACUUAGAAACAGCCUGAGUAAAGAUUACAAACACUUUCUUUGUGGAAAAACUUUUUAACUUUUUUUAAAGUAAAUGUCACUCCAAUUUUUUUCAUUGUAUCUUUGGAAAACUGUAUAAAGGACAGAAGCUUCAAUUUAAUCGAUGACUUGAUAAAUUAAUUAAUAUGUCAUUACAUUUUCCCCAAAUAUAUUAAAAGUAAAUGCAAGAAUUAAUCGAUUUGCUUCUUUUUGUAUUUAGAUUUGUAUUGUUCCCCCUAUUUAAUUACUUUGCUAAUUAUUUUUUACUUGUAUAUUUUUAUUAUAUUUUUGGACAGAAUAAUUUUGAAUUUUUUAAAUAUAUUUAAUUAUUUACAUUUAUUAUUUACAU